AUGUUUAGAAGUAUAUCUAGAGUAACUUUAAAGAGGGUUUCUCCAAUAAUAAAUACAAGACAAUUGACAGUGUCAUCAAUUAGAUUUAAUGAAACUACUACUACUACAUCAACAACAACUACUACUACUCCUAAAUCAUCAUGCCCUGCCGGUACUGUAUUGAACUUGAAAGUAUUCAAAAAAGGUGAUGAACCAGUUGCUAAAGAAGAUUCAGAAUAUCCUGAAUGGUUAUGGACCAUGCUUGAUCCAAAAGAUAAUUUAAAAGCUAUUCAAAAUGAAGAUUUUCUUAGAUGGAGAAGAAUCAAAUUAAGUAAAGAAAACAAUUCAACAAUCAAAAAUAACAACUUUUUGAGUAAAUUAUAG